CCAGAAUCAAAGGCAAUAGACAACAAAGCCAGAGAAGGUAAGGAAAACAACGCUGCUUAACCUGAGAAGAAAUCUAACAAGCUAGCUGAUGAAGAAGUACAAAAGACUAUCAUUUUUACAAUAUGAAGAUAAACAAUUGUGCUAUUUUGAGUUUCCUCCCCUCCCAAGAUCGCUAAAUAGCGUUUCUUCCUUAAAUAAAUUAAAAUUAGUGUUUCCUCCCAUCGUUAGUUUUUCCAUCCAUAACUCGGUUAGGUGAGUCAGCAACUGUGCACAUGUGGCAAAUUUAAUAUUUUUUAUUUAAAAUCUACCCAAAAUACCCUCUUAGAUUUGUGCGAAAUAGGUGUGUCAACCCUAUUUCAGAAUAUAACUAGAGUACCGUUCACUUAGGCCUUCUCUCGAACAAGUGAUAUGCAGUUCAGAGUUGGUGAUGGAGAGAGUUUUUUCUUGAGUUCUUCUACUUCUUUAUUAAAUGUCCUUCCCUACAAAAUCAAAUUCAUACACAACCCAUUGAUGUCUAACAAACUAGGAAUCUUACGCAUUCUUCAAUUUCACCCUUAAUCAACAAUCAAACACCAAAUUGUGAAGGAUAAUAAUAAUCUGCUUUUGGGUUUGUAAUCUAACAAUCUGAUGCUAAUAACGCUAGCAAGCUACACCGAUGAUCAUUGUUAUGGUUGCCGGUGAUAACAUCGAAUUGCUUCAAUUUAUUCAAUGGUUUCUCUUAUGCCAUAGCUUUUGGUUUUGCUUCCCAUGUUUGAAAUUCGUCGGUACCAGAAGCAGAUCGAAGAAAAUCCUGGUUCUCCCAUGGAUGAGAGCUCAUAUAAAUGUUAAUCACAUUCUACUAGAACAUCUUGAUCCCAGUCGUCUUGGUAUCCCACUAUUUGUUGGAAAUGGUUUAUGCCCAAGUUGUAACAGAUCGAUGGACACUUUUGGGGAUCACGCGUUUCAUUGGGCUAAGGAUAUAUGCACUAAGUUUCGAUAUGAUCUUGUUCGUGAUGUAAUCGCUGACAUUUGUUACAAAGCUGGUGUGCCUGCGCGUAAGGAAGUUUCUCUCGGUUUUUCGACGGAUGAUGACAAAGAUUUGAAACCUGCUGAUAUUCUUGUGCUCAACUGGGAAAAUCGACAAGAUGUUUGUAUGGAUGUCACAGGUGUUUCGCCCUUCACUGGUGAAGGAAUUCACUCUUUCGUCCUGGGAAAAGCUAUAUCUAGUGCGGUUUCACGUAAACACACUAAAUACUUGGACAAGUGUGUUUCGCAUGACCAUGGUUUGGGAGUCCUAGCUUUCUCUACCUUAGGAGAACUUGGUGAAUAUACUUUGUGUUUUUUCAAGCGUAUGAAGAAUUGUUUAGUUAGUAAUGACACUAGUAGUAGUUUUGGUAGUUUUAUUUUUCAUAGACUAGGUAUCGCUAUUCAAAAAAGUAUUGGAACCCAACUUUUUGCUAGGUUGCUAACCAAAAACUUUGUUUAAGUCGGGACGAAAUAUUAGGAAAGUAAGUAAGUAUUUUCAUAAAAGGAAGAAAAAAAUCCUUAUUUAAAAAUAUCACAAUUUUAGAAUAUUAAACAACAUUUUUUUGCAACUCAUAUCUAGCCAAGAUUGAACUUAGCGAAUGAAUAAAAAAAUCAAACUUGCAUGGAUUUCCUGUUUCACAUUUUAGACUAAGAGUAUUCUCAAUUUUUCAAUGUUUGCUAGGGGUAUCGGUAACAUUGACUUAUAUUAAGAAGCUUUAUAUUGCAUGUUUAAAUAAAUGACCAAACACUAAAAAUUUUCCUAUGUUUUUCAGUACUGGUUGACUUCCAAUCAAGUAUUAAUUAGAGACUAUAGAAAUUGUUCUCCAGUUUCAAUGGGCCAAAAUUUUGAUAGUGAGCUUACAUAAAUGUUUGUGGUCAUACUCACGACCCCCAACUCCAGAUUUUGAGGAAUCCUAAUUUCGCAUAAAUGCUUCAACAUAUAUCAUACAUCGGUUUCAUUGCUUUCUACAAUGUAAUAUAUCCUGUAUCUUGUUGUAGGGGCCAAUAUAGUAAUUAGGGUUCUAUUCCUAUUAUAUAUAAAGGCUUAUCUAUGUAACACACAAAGCUGAUGAAUGAAAUAUCUAUCUUUAUGUGCC